AUGGGUUCAGUAACACCUCUGAAAACGGAUUGCGCGGUGUCCGGGACCUUUCAUUUCAUCCUCUACUUGUCACGGCUGGCCGGUACUUCUCCUGUCAAGUUCGAGAAAGUGAACGUGACAUUAACAUCGAUCUACUCGUUAGAUCGUGACAAAGUAGUGGACGGGUACGAGUCCUCCAACAACACUGGGUUCAUGCGCAUAGCGCUGAUUAUUCACCUGUUGGUGCAUUACGCGGUCGGCGGCGCCAUCACUGCCACUGGCCUCAAUCGCAUGCGCCACAUGAUUGACUGCACGGCGCGUCUUCAAGAGAUCUACAUGGGUGAAGUUAAACGUGACACGGAAUUAGGUAUUCAAAAAGUAGUAACUGACAGUAACAGGUUAGCAGGUGUUGCAUGUGUUUCCUACUGUAAGGGACUUCAUAGAUUCACUAAUGCUUUAAAAAAAGCUUAUGCGUCAGUGGUGUAG